AUGCUUGAAACACAAAUACCACCUAUUGUAGAACGUUCAUCUCAAAAUUGGGUUUGGCUCAUUGGUCUUAGUAUUACUGCAGGAGUUACUCUUUUAAUUAUUCUUGUCGGUGUUCUCUGGUGUUGUGGAUUUUUUAAACGAUAUCGUCCAGAUUAUCCUAUAUCGACUAAAGUCGAUUCAACAAUAUCUGAAGGUCAUUAUUGUCUAACAUCAUCACCAAAAUUAGGUCAAUAUCGAUUAAAUGAUGAUAAUGAAGAAACAUUAAGUGACAUUGAUGAUAAUCAAAUAAUGAUACAAAAUCCGGUCGAUAGUUUACCUAUCGUUAUACCACAACAUUCAUCUCAUUUUAUUCAACAACAACAAUUGAAACGAUCUCAAUUUUCUAAUUAA